UGCCCGGUCUGUCAGCGUCGCUUCACGAGGCCGUUCAACCUGCGAUCACACUUGAUGACCCAUACGACCGCCAGGCCCUUCCCUUGCGACGAGUGCCACUGGAAAUUCACUCGUCAGCACGAUCUCUUGCGACAUAAGCGCGCCAAGCAU